AUGCUCCCUGAUAUGCUCAUGGAUCCCUCUUUCCUCAUCACGGGAUCCAAGGUCAGGGCCUUGAUUCAAGUUGAUCUGCUUGAGUCUGGAAGAAAGGUGUGGAUCGGGCCCAAUGGCAUAUGGGCUAGGGCUCCAUUAGAUGUGCACACGGGUGCCUACGUCAAGUAUGGUUGCAAAGGAGGGAACGUCCAAAUUUUCUCCAUAACGGCACCGUCGCUUGGUCCUUGCUGCUGCAAGGUGGAGAAGGCCAUAGGGCCACGGUUUGGCACUGCAAAAAGAAGUGCAGGAAUACCAGCCGCAUGUAUGGCCGUUCUAGCGGCCAUUGGUCGCCAUUCUAAGGCUUCUGGAGUCUACGGCAAGGUAUGGGCAACCACGGGAGCCGCCAGAGGAUGCUGCAAAAUAGGUACAGCCGCUGCCCCUUAUGGUGGCAGCGACAUUUAG